AUGCCUACCCACCACCGUAUCCUAUCACUCGUAUACAACGAGUUCGAGGCGCUGGACCUCUUCGGUCCGUUAGGCGCAAUUGUUCCACGAAGCGAUUACUACACAGUCGAAUUCGUCAAUCUCCACAACUUCACCUCACCCCACGGCAUAGAAACAUCCAUGAAGAAUGGAAUCGGCAUCGCAGGAACCAUUUCUCUGGCCGAGGCUCUUCGCGAAGACCACGACUUCGACACCGUCUUCAUCCCAGGCGGCUUCGGCAUGAUGCCACUAGUCUGGGACCCGAUGCUACUGAAGCAAAUUGGCCAGCUGGUCGAUCGCGCCGCAAACGUGUUUACCGUGUGCACAGGGUCAAUUCUGCUGGCUGCUACUGGCCGCCUGGAUGGGCGCCAGGCUACCACCAAUAAGCGCCUCUAUGAUGAGGCCACUCCCAAGCGUGAGUUGAAUUCCACUGCUAUUCAUACAUCCCCUCGUAAACAAAACUACAAAGCUAAUCACACUCGUAAUUCUUCAGACCCAGCCGUAAAGUGGCAAAAGCGUGCCCGCUGGGUCCAAGAUGGGAAGUUCCUAACUUCAUCGGGCGUGACGGCUGGAAUUGACGCGGGAUUUGCUUUCAUUGCGAAUACGUACGUGGCACCUGAGGAUCGCCAGGCGGAGGCACAGGAGGUCGGUCUCCGCGGGGAGGCGACGCCUAUUCCUGGCUACAAUCAAGAGAAGGCGUUGAAAUUUACUCAUAUGAAUGCCUUUGGGCUGGAGUAUCGCUGGCACUCGGAUCCUGCUGAUGAUCCUUUUGUGGAUUUGCCUACUGCUUAA